CAAUCACAAAUGUCACCAGUUAACACGGUCACUCGUUUUAGCGUUACACCUGCAAAAACAUGGCGGCGUCCUUGAGCAGCACAGGGACCGUGAGGCUACUAAGUUCGUUGGUCAGGUCCGGAUCCUUGUGCAGCUCCUCUGGAAGCAGAGCACUCCAUGUCACUGCGGCAUGCUGCAAGAAUCGAGCAGCUCGUGUCCGAGUCGGGAAAGGAGACAAACCUUUGACCUAUGAGCAAGCACUUCCCCCUCAUCACAUCGGCCACCGCAAAGGAUGGCUGUCACAACACACGAGUAACCUCAAGGGAGAAGAGGGGGCAGCUGAACGCACCAUCGAGGACGUCUUCUUGAGGCGCUUCAUGUUCGGGACCUUCCACGGCUGCCUCGCCAACGAGAUCGUGAUCAAGAGACGCGGCAACGUGCUCAUAGUGUGCGCUUUGAUGUUACAGAAACUACCGCCGAACAAGUUUUAUUUCUUAAUCGGAUAUUCAGAGUCUCUGCUGUCACACUUUUACAAAUGUCCGGUCAAGUUAGAGAUUCAGACCCUGCAGGACAAAGCUGUGUACAAGUACCGCUGAUGGAGACGUGGAGAAACGAAACGUGUUUAAUCAAAUAUGUCUGUAUAGAAAUGUGACUAUGAUGCGGUCUUAUCUCUGCUGACUGUGAUGUUAUUAAAUCUGCUUUGAGUUUAGUGGUUGGAAGAGAAUAAAAUCUUAUUAACAUUUUGAAA